AUGUGGACGAACAGCUUAACCUCGUUUUUCUUGCUUUGCUUAAUAAGCGCACACCUGAAUUUUUUCUUCGGGCAAGACAACCACUCCCUGGGAGGACACCUUACGACAGAUAGAAUUGCACACAAUGAGCCCGCAUUACGAAAUCGUAUGCUCCAAGAAGCCAAGCCUUACUGCGACCAGUGGACAGAAUGGUCCGAUUGUUCAAAGUCCUGUGGCAUGGGAGUUAAAAUGAGGGUUCGAACGAGCAGCCAAAAGGAACACUCCCGAGAAUGCUCCAACAUUAAGGAAACUGCAGUUUGCUUCAAUGACAAUUGCGCAGAAUUGAUGGGAGCAAGAGAACGAGACGAAAAGGAGCAAAGAGAAAAUGAAAUAAGAAAUACUAGGCGAAAGUAUCUGCUAAUUUUUGGCAUCUUUUCAGCCAUAAACAUAGUCAUACUGCUCGUAUGUGUAAUUAUGUCCAUCAAGAGAAAAGUCAUCUAA